AUGUCAAGCAAUGUUUCACAAUGCCAUUUCAGUAAAGAACUGGAACCUUUUACCUAUUUUUACUACUUUAUUUUUCUUAUGGGAUUUAUUGGAAGUUGUUUCGCAUUAUGGGCAUUCACGCAAAGAGAUCAGAAACAGAAGUGUAUGAGCAUCUAUUUAAUUAACCUCUUAACAGCAGAUUUUUUGUUGACUUUGGCAUUGCCAGUAAAGAUUGUUGUUGACCUAGGAGUUGCGUCCUGGAAGCUGAGAAUAUUCCACUGUCAAGUUACAGCCUGUUUCAUCUACCUGAACAUGUAUUUAUCAAUUAUAUUUUUGGGAUUCGUAAGCAUGGAUCGUUGCCUUCAGCUAAUGCACAGUUAUAAGAUCUACCGCAUUCAAGAGCCUGGAUUUGCCAAGAUGUUGUCUGCAGUCGUAUGGACAAUGGUUCUCCUUAUAACAGUGCCUAACAUGGCCAUUCCAAUAAAAACUAUUGAGGAAAGACCUGGUGCAGGAUGCAUCGAUUUCAAAACAAAAUUUGGAAGAGACUGGCACGUGUUUACUAAUUUCAUAUGCACAGCAAUAUUCCUGAAUUUUUCAGCUGUGAUACUGAUUUCCAAUUUCCUUGUUGUUAGACAACUCUACCGAAACAAAUACAGCGAGAGUUACGCAAACGCGAAGAAAGCCCUCAUCAACAUACUGCUCGUAACUGCUGGCUACCUGCUGUGUUUCGUUCCAUACCACAUUGUUCGUAUCCCCUACACCUUGAGCCAAAGCGAUACCAUAACCAGCUGCUCUCUGAAACAAGCUCUCUUUAAAGCUAAAGAAUCUACCUUGCUGUUUGCAGUAUCAAACCUCUGUUUUGACCCUAUUCUCUAUUACCAUCUUUCCAAAUCAUUCAGAUUGAAGUUUACUGAGACUUUUGCAGCACCCAAAGAGGCAAAGAUUUCCACAGACACAGAGGCUGAACAGCAGAUGCAACAAUACUGA